UUGAUUUAUUUUUACCGGUUCUGAUCACCUUGCUUGCUUCUCGUUUCCGAUUUCGCCUACUGUUUUGGAUUGUAGCUUUCUCGUUGUUCUUCCAUGUUCCGACCUACUGCCUGCCUCCUGGUUUUGACUUCGCCUAGUGUUUAGGAUUGUUGCUUCGUCUCUGACUCUGCGUGUUCAGACCUUCUUUCCGGGUUCCUGUUUUUUUUUUUUUCCUUUUGCCUAGCGAUUCGGCUUUGUGUCUUUUUCACUCUCCUGAGUCCUGCACAGAAUCUACUGAUCAGAUCAGCCCCGGUCUAACAACGGUGUCCCUUACCAGGAAGAAGCACAUUUCUGAUAAUAAAUGGACAGCUGUGUCAGCAUGCAUUGACUGCAAAGGAACACUUAAAGGCCUCACUUGACAAGGUCCAUCAGAGAUGCAGAGGAAUAAGGACACGCUGAAGGCACCUGAAGCAGUAUGUGAGAAUGAGGUGGGCUGCCAGAACUAUAAUGAAGGAGACGGUCCACAUGUUCACUGGGAGGAGAGUGACCCAGCCCUGCAGGAGGAAGGGCUGUCAGAGUAUUACAGCUCUCUACAGCAGAUACUACUGGAACUGGGGCUUCCUGAAACCAGAGACCGCACAGCUACACCAAGAGCAGAUUUGACUGAUCCUUACAUGACUAUCUGUGUUCUGGCCUCACCUGACAAAUAUCUUCCUAUUCUGCUGGAGGGAGGCAGGCGAUGUCCCGGUCAUGUGCUGCUCUGCUUGUCCUCCUCUUGGCUCUCCAAGGCUCCUUCCCAAAAGCACCCAGGGCUUUUCUCUCUCCUCAUCCACAAAGCCGUCACCUUUGGGUCAGGGGGCUGGACUAACCUGGACACCUUCCAGCCUCCCCGACGCGCCAGCUAUUUCCUGAGCUCCCUGGGUGACCACAGCAUGCCACACGAGGCUGAAAAUGGGCAAGUUCUGGGCAUCAUAACGGAAGAGGAUCUGGACUGUCCAACCUGCGGUUCUCCCGAGCUCACCAGAGUGGUUGAGGAUGUACUUCUGACUAGACAGCUGGUGGCUCAGAGAGGCAUUAAAGUACCACCAACCCUGGCCUUUGCCUUUCGCCCCAACCUUAAAUCCUUGCCCCCGAACACCCAGGUGACCGUGGUUUCUGCUCAGGAGAAAGAAGAGCUGCAGAAAGCCAUGCUGGGGGCUGUUGAAGAGUUUCUGCACCAUCCUGACCUUGAGAGCUGCCACAAAGUGAUGGUCCAACCUUCUGGCGCAAAAUGGUGUUUCCGUGACAAUGUGACAGUUCACCAAAAGAGCGCAGGAGAAGAAAUCCUUCAAGCAGCACUAGGUCUCCUGCCCAGGAUCCAGCAAGGAGAGUCCAUUCUCAUCACGGCGUCUUACGACUCAGUCCAGCUGCUGAAGCCCUGGAAGCUGCAGCAAAGUGUCAUCUUCAAAGAGCCAGAGGUUUCAAGAAGAAAGCUUGAUCUCCACAUCAGAGCCACAGUUUGCCGUUCUGCUGAUGAUCAGCCUCAGUUGAUGCAGGUAGUGUGCUGGGUGAACAGGACAGAAGCUCCGAUUAGAAGCAGCCCCACAGUGUUGCAGUCUCUGGAAGUGACACUUCAGGACUGGGGCUUCACAAAGCAGGACUACCUCACAGAACUUCAGCAGCUCCUGAAGCAGUGGGCCGAGGCAGCCAUGCAAGGCAUCAUGGACUACCAGUCCCAGCUCUCCAGUGAAGAGAGGGGAGGGGCUACUGCUCAGAUUGAUUUCAUAGGUGUGGAGUUUGCUCUGACACAGCACAAGGACAGACUGCACCCUUUCCUCCUGAGCCUGACUUCUCACCACAGAGGAAUUCAGAGCACUGCCACUCAGCUCCUGCAGCCCCACCAACGGGGCAGCACUGUCGGGCCUCUUGUACAGGCCAUGUGCCACAGAGCCCACUGCUCUUUCAUCGCUGACAAGACCAUCCUGUACAUCGGAGCAGGAAAUGUAAAUAAGCUGAGAGUGUUUCAGUCAGCCAAGAAAUAUCACAUCAAGAUAAUCUUGGUGGAUUGCAAUUCAUCCCAUCCUGCUUUUGCGCUGGUGUGGAAAACUCUACAUCACGACUUUAGUGAUCACACGCAAGAUGAGUCUCAUGCCCAUAUCAUAUCCAAGAUGGUCCGGGAUUUGAAUGUGAUUGUCGAUGGCUGCACAACUUUUAAUUGCGAUACAGUUAUACUGACGUCCCUCGUGUGCAAAGAACUAGGUCUUCCCAGUGAUGGCUUUGAAGCGCUCGUUACUGCCAAAAAGAAGAGUAAUUCUCAUCGGCACUUGGGGGGAAUUUGCCACGGCCUGCAGCAUCUCCCCAAUCCCUCACUCUACGCAGUGCCCUGCCUACCCGUGGACAGUGAACAGGAGCUCGAAGAGGCCAUGGCACAGGUGGGCUUCCCUGCAGCAGUAAAGCUGGAGCAAAGCAGUGGUGGAAUGGGUGUCAAAAUAGUGGAGAACUCCCUGCAGUGCCAGCAGCACUUCAAGAGCCUAAAGUGGGACUUAAAAGGAACAACUUAUCACAUGAUAAACAAGGGAUUCAAAAAUGAACCAUUUCUGAUGGAGUUUAUUAGCGGCCCAAGGUAUGUCGUAGACCUGAUAAUCUUUCAGGGGAAGCUCUUGGCAGCAUUUGUCUCUGAUCGUGGGCCUCCCGGACUCUCUUACUUUUUCAACACAUCACACGUCAUGCCCACCUGCCUCUGCCCUGAAAAAGAGACCCAGUUAGCCAUUGCUGCAUACCAGUGUUGCCUCCACUGUGGCCUGAAGAAUGGGGUCUACAAUCUUGAUAUGAAAUUGACUGAAACAGGCCCCAAGCUCAUCGAGAUCAACCCACGACCGGGUGGAAGUUAUCUGCCUAGCUGGAUCAAGACGGUCUAUGGCACGGACAUUAUUCUGUGCACCUUUCUGAUAGCCUGUGAUGUCCAUCCACACAUCUGGACCCCUGAACCCAGAGGCUAUGUUGUAGGUAUAUCUAGCCCUGUUUUUCAGCAUGUUCAGGCCCUGGAAAACCCUUCUUUUCCUGUAAUAUUAAAGGCUUUGGAGGAAAAUGGGAUUAUCAAUUCUAUCAAGAUUGGAGACAUGAAAAAUAAAAUUGACUUUGACUUUUCCUCCUUCAACAUUACCAGCUUCAGUCCCAACAAAGACGAGGCCUUUCACAGGCUCAUUGCUGCUUCCAAAAUUCUUGAUUUGGAUUCAGAAAAACAUCCCGUCAAGUACUUUCUGGACUUCAUAAAAUAAUACAAGCAAUUGAAGAGGUUUCACAAUGCAAUAUUACUGAAUGAAGAAUUGGAUCUGACACACUUUUUGUCAUUGGUAAUUUUAGUAUUUGGGAUAUUUUUCGAAUUUGAGCAUUUUUAAAAUAAAUUUGUAUAAAAUGUGCAUUUAAAAUUUCAUAUUAAUUUCAUAUUCAUGUUUGUUGUAAUGUGCAUUUUUUCAAAUAUCUUGAAAAACUCACGAAUUCAAAUCAGUGUAUUAUAACCAAAAUACCAAACAGGAAAUAAGCAAACAUUUAGCAGCACAUGGUCAUUUAUUGGAUGGCAGACCAAAACCAAUUUCCCCUUUCUAACAAUGUAUCAUUAAAAUAGGAGAGGACAUUUUUAGCCAGAGGAUUCCAUAAUUUAGUGGAGCAGUGGCACUGUGGCUAAGGAUCUGUACCUGGGGCUGGAAGGUUGCUGGUUCAAAGCCUGCGGCUGGCAGAG